CGUGAACGUGAUCAAAUGUCAGUGUCUACUUUAGCUUCUUGUUACCCGCUGUGACAACAUUGACACGCACACAGCCAUGCCCUUGAUACCAGUCCCUGGGCCGAGCUUGGAAACGGCCUCCUGUCAGGGUGCCGACAGUCCUGGUGUGAGGGCGGGCCCUGAAGGUGACGCCCAUCAUCAGGUCGCGGUUUCUGACUGCGAAGAAACUACAAGGAGUUCUAAACGGCCGAAGAGAAGAACCCGACCGCCGAAGGAGAGGUCCAAACCGACGUCACAAAAGACUGACCAACCAUCUAACGUUAAGUCAUUGCCGCCGUUGAAUACAACAGCCUCCUGCCAUGACAGUGACAGUUCUAAUAGUAGGGCGGACCCUGAAUACGAAGUUCAUCACCAAGACUUGGUCUCUGACUGCGAACUAGCUACCACCAGUCCCCAACGGACGAAGAAAACAAGCCGACGGCCAAUGAAGGGGUCGAAGCCAACGGCACGAAAGAAGCGACCGUCUGAGGUUGAAUCAUUGCAGCCUUUGAAAACAUCAGCCGCGCUUAAGGACAUGGGUACUUUCAAUGUGAAGGCGGACACUGAAAGUGACGCUCAUCGGCAAGCUUUGGUUUCCGGUUGUGAAGAAGCUACCACCAGUCCACAACGCCCAAAGAAAGCAAACCAGCUUCCAAAGAAGGCAUCGAAACGAACACCGAAGAAAACUGCCUUACCAUCCAAGGUUGAGUCCACGCCGCUCGCGAAGGCUUUCGCGAAGACUACACCACGAAGUCGGCCUCCGUGUUCCAUGGCCGUUGAAGCGAAGUCUUCCUCGCCUCCUUCCACUCCGAGGGCCCCUCAGAAGAGGACGUCCAAAGAACCUUCUUCCUGCAAUGGUCCAUCGACGUCGAAGCGUGGAAGGUCCAACUCAGAGUCCAGUUCCGGGGAAAGCGGCGACGUCGUGACCUGGUGCAAGUCGUGCCGGAAGAGACUGAAUCCUCCCGAAGUCGUCAGCUUCUCCGGUGAUCCAAAGACUGCUGUCGAAGAGUUCGUUGCCCUCAUCGACCCUCGCUUGACGUCUUCACUCUGCAGCCAGGAUGACCUGACGGAGCAGCCUCAGUUCAAGAUCACUCGUUUCACGGUCUACGACGAGUACGGCCACGUUUGCCCUUUCGAUAGUGGCCUCAUCGAGAGCGACGUACCUCUCUACAUGAGCGGCUACAUGAAGAGCAUUUGCGCCGAAGACCCGAGCACCAAGGAUGGCGUGCCGGUGGCCAAGCUGGGACCUAUUGUGUCCUGGUGGACGACGGGCUACGACGGCGGCUCCAACGUUGUUUUGGGAAUCACGACGGCCUUUGCGGAGUACAUUCUCAUGAACCCAAGUCCGCAGUACAAGGUUCCGAUGAAGCGGAUGCAGGAGAAAAUCUACCUCGUCAAAGGAAUCCUUGAGCACCUUCUGGAAGCGGGAGUGGACGUGGCGUACGACGACGUCGUAGGACGUAUUGAACAGUUGACAACAUUGCCGCAAGGAGUUGGACCGUUUUCGGUCGAGACGGUCCACAGGCACGCGCAGUUUCUAGUGGAUCACAUCCAAGCGUACGAUGCUGCGGGUGGCGGUAGUGACACUCCCCUGUUAGGCAGCGUGUUUGUCAAAGACCUCACUCGAGCCACAGGAGCAGUUAUCAGGGACACUGGGAAGAAGAAUCAGCCUCUCGCGGUCGGAGGAAAGAAAACUAAGAAGGCAGAGUCAAAGGCUUCACUGCAGUUAUUGAUGCCUUCCGUGGAGAAAACAAUCUUCGAGCUGUUCCAAGACAAGGAACGUGUGGUGGCAAACCAGGCAGGCACGAGGAAGGGUAGGUGCGGAUUCUGCGAGGCUUGCUUGGCCACAGACUGCAAGCAUUGCGUGUUUUGCAAGAACAUGAAAAAGUAUGGAGGCAGUGGCACGUUCAAGCAGUGCUGCGUCCGGAGGCGUUGUGAUAACAGGGAUGUCCGCGGUAACGACGAUCAUCUUGGGGUUGACUUCAUGGACAAGACGCUGCCCUCUUUGCCGAAGAAGCCUUUUGCUAAGCGCAGAUUCCCGCCUGCAGCGGGCACCGUGCGGAGCAACUGGCUUUCUCCGCCGUUGAAAAUCAAGGAGAACGCUGUGUUCUACUCAUCAGUUCGGGUUGGGGAGAGCCUGACAGUGAGAGUAGGGGACGACGUCAUCGUUAUAUCUGGUUACCCUCAAACCCCGGACUACGUCGGAAGGGUGGUCGCUCUGCUUGAAACUACCGACUCAAAGAGCUUCGCUCAUGUGGUCUGGUUCAGAAGAUACUCGGAGACGGUGAUGGGGAACGUGUUUGGGGAUCCGGCCGAAGUCUUCCUCACGUCGGAGUGCGACGACGUUCCACUCGCAGCCAUCAGUUCGAUAUGCAGCGUGGACCUUACUGGAGUUAGGGUUGACAAUCACAUCGAAUCGGAGGGAACCAAGCUCCGGUGCAACUUCUUUUGUGACGCAGCGUCUUGCGUGUUCAGGGCUCUGAGCUUAGAGGAAGGCGUGACUUGCGGAUGUCGCAUUCUUUUAAACAUCGAUAGUGACGCUGACUCAGAAGACGCUUCUUAUGAAGCAGGCGACUGCGUCUUUGUGAAACCAGAGGCUGUCGCAAUGCCGCGGGGUUGUUUAAAUGGGGAUGGCAACGGCGCACUGGUAGCGUCUGACAGCGAGAGCGACGUGUAUUCUGAGCGAUACCGUAAACUGCUGAGGCCUCCUAAGAUCGAAGACGCUGCACUGCCCGAACCAUACCGUAUUUGCCAGAUUGUUUCCAUCAAGAAGGAGAGUGGAUCAGUAAUAGUACGGGCCUUCUACAGAGCUCAAGAAGUACAGCAGGACUCUACGGAUAACUAUCUGCUCUUGUACUCGGUGACGAGCUUCGAAGUCAGUAUGGCCGACAUUGUGUCAAAAUGCCUAGUCAUCUACAGACCCGAGGGCUUUCUCGCAUCGAGCCUCGACGCUGUAAAAGCUCCGUUUUACUUUAGGGAUGGGUAUGACGUGGCUACUGGCUUCUUUCAAGUUUCCCACGAAACUAUGUCGAUUGAAUUUAAUGCGAAGUCUGACUGUGUAACCGUGAAAGAACUCUUCCCUAGUGUGGAUGUCUACUGUGGAUCCGGUGGCCUCUCGUUGGGUCUUUGCGACGCCGGGCUGACCAACCCAGUCUUCGCCGUCAGUGACAUUCCUGCUCACCGCGAUACUUUCAAGAACAACUUCCCGGAUGCCGCUGUGCCUUCGAGCGACCCCAAGACCGUUCUGAAGGAGCUUUCGACAUUCGGAGUGGCGAAAUUUCUGGGUAGCACGCAGAGGGAAGAUAUAUUUCUUUUGUGCGGAAGUCCGUCUUUUGAAUCUUUGAAAAAUUUCCGGCCGCUACUCGGAGUCGACAGCGAAGCUUUCCGAGAAUCCCAGGUCUCCACGUUCCUCAGCUACUGUGAGUUCUUUGAGCCCGAAUUCGUGGUUCUGGCGGCUGAGAGGGGAAUGGUACGAUACCACAACGGUGCCGUGCUCGUGUUCGUGCUUCAGUCUUUCCUGAACCUUGGGUACCAGGUGUCAUGCAGCGUUCUCCAGGACGGCUGUUACGGGCUGCCACAAAGGAAUCGCCGACUCAUCAUCCUCGCUGCAAAGAAGGGCCAAAUCCUCCCUUCUUUUCCUCAAGCCACACACACCUUCGAAGUGACUGAGAACGAACUGUCCUUUGUGGUCAACGGCAGGGUGUACUCGAGUCCUCUAGUAUCAACGCCUGCGGCACCCUUUCGCCGGAUGACUCUUCGGGAUGCCAUCGGCGACCUUCAGGAGGGCUCCACGUCUUCCAACAGGUCCAACUUGCAGAGCUACCCACAACGCGCAAACUUAGGUGACCCAGUCUUCAAGAAGAUGACGCCGCUUGCUCAGGCGCGAUUGGCCGCCAUACCUAAAAUACCCGGUGCGGACUGGCGCGACCUCCCGAACAUCGAGACUCGACUGUCGGACGGCACAACCGCCUACAAACUUUACUACACCCACCAGGGCAUUCAGCACAACGGCGAGCGACGAGGUGUCUGCGCAUGCGCAGGCAGCGAUGAUUCGGUGGCGCAGUGCGACCCCAUGUACCGUCAGGAGGACACGCUGAUCCCCUGGAGUCUCGUUCAUACCGGUCACAAGCAAGACCACUGGAACGGCGUUUAUGGACGGCUACAAUGGAGCGGUUACCUCCACGGCACAGUGGCUAACCCGGAGCCUCUGAGUAGGCGCGGCCCCGUGAUCCAUCCCGAGCAGGACAGGGUGGUCAGUGUCCGAGAGUGCGCCAGGGUGCAGGGCUACUCGGAUGACUUUCUGUUUGUGGGCACGGUCCUGGAGCAGUACAAGCAGAUUGCCGCGGGUGUGCCGCCGUUGGUAGCGUGCGCUGUUGGAGCGGAAAUACUCAAGGUCUUGUGAGCAUUCCGUGCGAGUACCGUAUCGGUGCGUUCUCCGUUGAGAUCUGGUCAAUUGGUUUAAAUGCGCAUCAGGGUGCUCUUCUUUUAAGGUAGCAUGUAUAACUGUAAGUGGCAGCCCUGUGUCAUUUCUGUUUUGGUGCUGAGGAACACUGCACACCCAGGAAAGUGAAUAACAGG